AUGUGGAGUCGUGUGCGAACAAAUCUGUGGACAACCGUUAAAGCAAUGUCCGAAGACUUGCCCGAUCUUGCCCAUAUCACGAGAGUUCGUUCCACGAUUUACUUCUGCUUUUUCGAAAAUUACGAUUCGCUUCAUAAAAACAUGAAUAUAUUGGGAAAUUCUGCUAAUCAGUCAACUUCCGUGAACUAUGCAAAUGAGAUUUUCGAUGAGGUUUUUGUUAGCAGAAAAUACCAUAAAGAAGUGUCACCACUAGAUGGCUUUACAAUUGGAAAUGGAACAGAUGGAUCAUCUCUCCAAGUGAUCAUCACAAUUCAGCUUCUCUAUGUCCUUAGCUUGGAUGUCGCUCAACAAUAUCUUUCUGUCUAUGUUGAACAGGAAAUCGAGUGGCAAGAUGUCCGCUUAAGAUGGGAUCCCGCCGACAUUGGAGGUUUAGAUGUCAUUUGGGUACUCUGUGAUCAAGUGUGGACAACCGAUCUCUUUAACUCGAAUAGUCUUACGGUCAACGAGAUCUAUCCGGAUCGCCUUAAACAGUGCAAAGUUCACUCGAAUGGCUCAAUUCACUCGGAUAUGUUCCUACAAAUCGAUUCAGCAUGUUUCAUUGAUGUUCAAAAAUUUCCCUUCGAUAAGCAAACAUGUGAAAUACCAUUUGUGACCAUCGCUUUUGAGCCAAAAACGUUCGAUUUACAAGGAAAGCUCUUCACGAAAUAUAUCGGUUUCACACCUCAGGGAAAUGGCGAGUGGAAUGUGCUAAGUUUGAACAUGACCAAGGAUAGUCAACUGAAGAGUUCGAGUGAUAAUAAUGAAUUCAGCAUGCUUGUCUUCAUCCUCAAACUGCAACGAGAACCGAAAAAGAAG